GGAGGGUUCUAGAAGGCGUGACGUGGGGUCGAGAGCGGGAUCGGAGGCUGGCGCCUUUCGGCAGUCGCUGUGGGUGCAGCUGCCCGGCCUCGGGACGCGGGCGGCCGAGGCCGCCGUCGCAGCCUCCUAGUCUCGCCGGCUAUGGCUACGCUCGGCCGGCCCUUUAGCGGCCUCCCUCUGAGCGGCAGCUCGGACUUCCUACAGCCGCCGCAGCCGGCCUUCCCCGACCGGGCCUUCCCGCCAGGGGCUGACGGCGCAGACUUGGCCCCGCGAUCGGGACCCCGCGCAGUCCCUAGCAGCCCCACCGGGAGUGCGGCGCGCGGACGGUGAGGAGCCCGUCGGGCUCAGGGAGGGCGGGCAGGCUGGGCGCCCCUCGCGGCGGGCACGGGCAGGGGCGCGGGCUCCGCGCCGGGGCUUCUUGACUUUCCCUCCCCACGGCCCUCCGCGGGAGCUUCGCAGCCCAGUUUACAGAUGAAGAAACUGAUCCCCAGAGACGUUAACUUGUUUCUGUUCACUGUAAAAAGAAACACAAGCGAGAGGAGGAGGAUGAUGAUUGUCCAGUAAGAAAGAAAAGGAUAACUGAAGCAGAGCUCUGUGCUGGUCCUAAUGACUGGAUUCUUUGUGCACAUCAGGAUGUAGAGGGGCAUGGAGUAAAUCCCUGCAUUAGUGGCCUUUCCGUACCUGGGAUAUUAGAUGUUAUUUGUGAAGAAAUGGAUCAGACGACUGGAGAACCACAGUGUGAAGUUGCCCGAAGGAAGCUUCAAGAGAUUGAGGACAGGAUAAUUGAUGAAGAUGAAGAAGUUGAAGCUGACAGAAAUGUUAACCAUCUCCCCAGUCUUGUCCUUUCUGAUACCAUGAAAACAGGUUUGAAGAGGGAAUUUGAUGAAGUUUUUACAAAGAAAAUGAUUGAGUCUAUGAGCCGUCCUUCCAUGGAGCUUGUUCUCUGGAAACCCCUCCCUGAACUCCUUUCUGAUAAGCCAAAGCCAUCCUCUAAUACUAAGAACUAUACAGGAGAGAGCCAAGCUAAGCAUGCAGCUGCUGGCACUGCCUUCCCUCAGAGAACUGAACUGUUCUUGGAACCUCGGCAACCAGGGAUGUCUCUUUAUAAUAGUUUGGAGACAGCUACUAGCACAGAAGAAGAGAUGGAACUCUAGAAACCAAUUUCUACACUAAAGUUGUCAAAUGUUAGAAGAAUCCUGUGUUCAGUUAUGAGACUCUUUGCAUAGUAUAGAGACUUGAAAGUUUUAUGAAACGGGUGUAAUAAUAUCUCCACCUGUGAUUUGGGGGUGGGACUCUCAUUUUGGGUAGCCAUUUAUUGACUUCAACUUUUUGCCAAGGAAGUUUAUCUCAAAGGAAAAGCAGUUUUCUGUGGGGCUUAUUAAAGGAAUGUUGGUUUACAGUUUCUUCGAAGAUUAUAGCCUCUUCAAAGACAAGUAUAGAAGCUGUAUGUGUAAGGGUGACUUAAAUCAUAUAUCACAUUGUCUAAACUAUUCAGACACUUGGAGAAUAUUCUCAUUGAAUUAAAAAAGAUGAUUAAGAAGGAUGCUCCUACUACAGCUGUAUCCUGACAGUUAAGUCACAGUUUAGUGUGUAGAUAUGAGCUGUGUACAGUGGUGACUAUAUCUAAUUGGGGAGGAGGGAAGAGAGCAGUAGCUUAAGCCUGUUGCUAAGAAAUCUAAUUUCUUAGCAACUUGUAAUUUAGUUACCAAUUCAGUAUAGCUCGUUGAUAGCCAAUAGUAUUGUGGCUCUCCUCUUUGACUAUGAAAAUAAGAGAGAAAGUUUUUCCUUCAAGGCUUUUGGGCCUUGUGCCACUGUUACUCCUUGGUUUCCCUUGCGUAAUUGAUAAGCCCAGUUAUUCAGUAAUGUUUACAAAUUAAUUGACUUUCAGUGAUAGUUAAAAGACUGAUGUAACCCAUCUGCAGUUUGCCUAUGGGAGAAGCAUCCUUUAGUUCAUCUUAAGGAAGUGCUUGGUCAACUAAACCCAGCAUUGAUAACUUUAGUAAUUUUUAAAAAAGUUGUAUUAGCAAGUUUUUUUUUUUUUUCCCACCGCAACCUCCACCUCCUGGGUUCAAGCAAUUCUCCUGCCUCACCCUCCUGAGUAGCUGGGAUUACAGGUGCCCACCUCCACGCCCAGCUAAUUUUUGUAUUUUUAAUAGAGACCGGGUUUCGCCAUGUUGGCCAGGCUGGUCUCGAACUCCUGACCUCAGGUGAUCUGCCCACCCCAGCCUCCCAAAAUGCUGGGAUUACAGGCGUGAGCCACGGCGCGCAGCCAGCAAGUUAUUUUUAAAUGUUAAUUUAGAAAACAGUGAAUGAUUAGCUGAAAAUAUAUGAGCAGGUGACAUUGAGGUUUACUGAAAUAGCCAAUCUGACUGGUGCUGAGACUUGUGCAGUAGGCCUAAAAGGUAGUGGAGAAUUGCUUCCUGCUAGCAGGAAGCCUUCAUCUUCUUGAGUACCUAAACCAGGCUUCAGGUGUCCUUUGAGGAUAGCCAGGUUUGAAAUUUGUAGUUUCUCAGGAAGAGCUCUUCUGUGUGGCAGGGGCUGAUAGGGCAAAAUAAAAUGACAGUUUCUUUAUUGCUACAGAGUAUCCACUAUAAGUUAUUAAAUGAGUGUAAUGGUAUAAUGCCCUUCCAUCACACAACAGGACACCACCCCAGUUUUGUUUUCUGGGUUUCUUCCCCCUUUGUAGGAAUCAGAUACCUUUUGUAGAAAAAAAAUGGCUUAUGCCACAUAAAGGUGAAUUUUUAGAAAGCACCUUCUAGGCGUUUUUGGAACCCUUACUGAAAUCCCCUUGUUACAGAUGGCGUAGAAGUCACAAGUCUGUUAAUUGGACUGUUACUUCUUUGCCUGUUCCUGCUUUCUCUUUCUGUCUGGAUAGUCAGGAAAAUAUUUAAUGUUUAAUAUUUAAACAAAAUAUUUAAUAUCUAUACAGUAAAAUUAUUCAAACUUCAAACCAGUAUUGAAAGCAGUUGGAAACCAGCUAAUAGUUUCUUAAUCUCAGAUUUCGAGAUGAAUGUAAACCGUAUUCUUUCGAAAUGUGCAAGUGUUUGAUUCAUGCCGUUUGAUAAACUUCUGCCUUGUAGUCAUUGUUUGAUGGGACCAACUUGUCAAGUUUGUAGCCUUAAACAAAUCUCCAUGCUAAAAAAUGUGUUCUAGUGCAACACAAAAACAUGAAGUGACUGCCCAGAGGUAGAGUUAGUGUUUAGGUGGAAAGGAAGAUGACAGCUUUCCAAAGAAGGACCUAAAACACACCAAGAUUGUCUUCUACAGGAAUUGUUGGGCAGGUCUCCGACUAAAGGUCUUACGAUGAAAAGGAAGAAACGAGCCCCCAACCCAAGGCUCUGAUACUACUGGUAAAUGUAGGAGAGAAUUAAGAUUCUGUUAAUUAAAAUCCAAAUAGAGCUUUAAGAUUCUGUUAAUUAAAAUCCAAAUAGAGCUUAUUUCACAAGUCAAGUUACCUGAUAUUAUAAUUAUUUCUGCAGGAUAAUUGAUGUUUUAUGUUCUUUUUUGGACUUUAUCUUUUUGCAUAUGUUUCUACAAAAAUUGUUUUCUUCAUCCUUGUGGUGCUUAUUCAUCUGAGCCGUCUCCACAGUCCCAAUGCCUCUGCUUUUUGUUUUACUUUUGUAGCAUAAGGGUUUUGCUUUUGCUUUGCCUUAAGAUUUCCCUAGGGAGUUAUCAGGGCUUUUCGUUUUGUAUAGCUUUUGCAGCAUGGAUCAAACAUUGGCUUACUGUGCUAAUGUGUGAAGAGAAAAAAUUAUCUAAAGCAGGUGAGCUUUAAUGAACAAAUGUGUAUUUUAUCUGAGUUUGAGUAGGGUGCGUGUGGUUUUUGUUUCUUGUUUUUGUUUUUUUUUUUGUAAUUAAUAUGAAGAAAGUCCAGUUCUCAUAAAUAUUAAUCACUUAAAAAACUGCUACUCUUUCUUGAAAAGGUACACAUGUAAAAUUUAGGAAAAUAACUAAGGUGGGGGCAGGAACCAUAAGAAGAAUGUUUACCAGCACGUUCAUGUAUUAUUUUGGAUUUAGAACUUGGCCUUGUUUUUCAAAAGUGACAAGAAUGGUUCAGUUCUAGGAAUGUUCUGGAAGAUGCUGUUAAUUUUACUUUAAAAUGAGAAUCUGGUGUUUCUGUAUUUUAUCGUUUUCAAUAAAACUUAAGUGUUUUGGA